AGGAAAGUCAUAGCAAGUAAAAUACUGAAAUGUGUCAUGUAAAAAAAGGAAAGUCAUAGCAAGUGAAACAUUGAAACUGGAGGGUAUCAAUACCCCUUUGUCAUAGUAGACAGGUUCAGUAGGUAAAUGGAAGCACAAAAAUUCCAUUUGAAAUCUUAAUGGGUAAGCCUUUUCCCACUCCGUGGACAAGGACUCCCUUAGAUCACUAUACCAGGCGAUUUGGAUCAGAUACGGGAACAAUAUGUAACUGAAUUGAUAAAGGUUUUGAAUAGUCACAACAAUGAUGUUUAUCUCUCUUUUCACAGAAACCUACACAUCCAUAUUAACCAGGAGACAUUGUGCGAGACUCCAUCCAAAGAAAGGGGGAACCACCCCAUACGGAGAUCUCACGACCGUGAUAGACAUCACCAGAACCGCAGUCCUGACAUCUGACAGCAAUCAAUGGAUACACAAAAUGCACCUAAAGAGGGCCCCCACCCCAUGAGGAUUACUCCACAGGAUACACCAUCCUCAGAUGACAACGGUGACCCCCCCCUUGAGGCCCUACCCAGUCCUCGCCCAAGGAAACGGCGAUUGAGUCUGAAAAUCUACCUCAUCAUUUUCCUCAGCAAAAUUCUUGUUUUAGCAGGAUUUGUCUACUUAUCAUUUUCCUUAGCACCAUGUGUGCACAUCACCAUGAGGAGUUACCCUGUUUGUGUGGACAGUCUCCGGACCGCCCCAACAGGAACAUAACAGUAGACAAGAGAGCAUUAGACAUACGUGAUGACAAUUUGUGGGAAUACAUGGCACGGAUUGUUCUUAACACUAGUUACAGGUGUUUAAAGGAUGUCACUAGUGCAACUGAACUGAUUGAGACUUGUUUUGUAGCUGUUGCUACUCCCACCAUUGUGCUUACUGACAUUUUCCAUGCUAAAAAUGACUCUGAAGUGCAAGAUUCUGAUAUUGAAACACAUGUCUCUGUAUAUGCUUAUGUUACAGAUCAAAAUGCUACUAGACGCAUGCGAAAGAAUUUUGCUUCCAUAGUUACUCACAAUGUAACUGCAAGUGACAUAUGCUAUAACAUGACUUGUAAUGUUAGCGACAUCCCUGUGUGCAUUCAGGCACGUUUGACUAAGAGUACUGACCCGCACCAAGUGUGCAGUAGGAUGAUGUCAUGUAAUCAUACCAUCCUGGCACCUAGUUUAGCUAAGCAUGUGCCAAUGCCCAGAGGUUGGUUCUGCUCUUGUAGGAACAACUCGUUUAAUUACAUUCCAGCUAAUAUUUCUGGUGGACCCUGUGCAUUAACUAGACUUAGUUUAGCUGUUCAUACAGCCCACCCCGGACAGGCCACCUAGGCCCAACGCCCUAAU